ACUGAUAAUACCAAAGGCAAUCUUAUGAACGAGGCUGUUUAGUUAAGCAUUUUAUUUUGUCCAAUUAUUUAUUAAGAAUUUAAGUUUUUUUUUUAAGUUAUAGUCUUUUGUAUAUUUUAUCAUGGUUAAUAUUUGUUUAUUGGCUUUGAUUGGGCUUCCAGGGGCUGGGAAAACAACAUUUUGCAAAAACAUUCUAAAAAGUUCAUUAGAAUAUAAUUUCAUACACAUUUGCUAUGAUGAAUUGUUCAAAUAUCAUCCGGAAAGCAGUGAAGCAUCUUUUAAAGAUGAACGUACAAAAGUUAUAAAAAAAAUCGAGCAGAUUAUAGACGAAUUGAAAAUGAAGAAUCAAGAGGAAAAGGAUGACUCCAAUAUGAAUUGUCCAAAGUUAUCUGUAAUCUUAGUUGAUGAUAACAAUUAUUAUGCUGGGAUGAGAUAUGAAUUUUAUAAAGUCUGCAAAUCCAGUAAUUUGUCUUUUGGUCAAGUGUAUUUUCCAGUUGAUCUGGACUGUGCCUUAGCCAGGAACGCUUCUCGAGGUAAAAAUGCGUUACCGUCUUUUUUAAUUGAAAGAAUGAAUGAGCGUUUAGAAAGCCCUUCAGAGAAGAACCAAUGGGAGAGAUAUACUUUGAUUGUUAAUUAUAAUUCUGAAGAUUUUGCACAAUUUAGUUCGUUUUUGAAAACUUGUUUUCUUAAUCCUUUGAAAAGUAUACCCAAACCUAACAACAACCCCACAAUGGAAGCAUAUUUGAUUCAUGAAGUAGAUAUAGGUCUUAGAAAACGUAUAAAAGAGAUAUUGCAAAAUUCAAAAGGAAAUAUCAGCGAAAAUGCUGCAAUUUUGAAUAAAAAAAGAAAACAUAUUUUGUUAGAAAUGCAAAAAAGGAAUGAAUUCGAUCCAUCUUUGAAUGUUCAAAGCAUAUGCGAGAGUUUCAAUUUGUGACAAUGUUUUUGUUCUUUUAAAAAUAUGAGAACAAAAAUGAUGAUCAAUGAUGGAAAAAGUUUUCUAGAGGAAUUUGAAAACUUGAAUGGUUUUUU